GAGUAGGGGAAUCGAGGACCAAAGGACAUAGGUUCAAGGUGAAGGGGAAAGGAUUUAAUAGGAAUCUGAGGGGUAACUUUUAUGUGGGCGUAUGGAACAAGCUGCCGGAGGAGGUAGUUGAGGCUGGAACCAUACCAUCGUUUAAGAAACAGUUGGACAGGUACAUCGAUAGGACAGGUUUGGAGGGAUAUGGACCAAGUGCAGGCAAGUGGGACUAGUGUAGCUGGGGCAUUGUUGGCCGGUGUGGGCAAGUUGGGCUGAAGGGCCUGUUUCCACACUGUAUCACUCUGUGACUAGUGUAGAUGGGGCAUGUUGGCCGGUGUGGGCAAGUUGGGCUGAAGGGCCUGUUUCCACACUGUAUCACUCUGUGACUCUGUGGCUAUUCCAGCAUCUGUAGUUCUUCGAGUCUCCAGCAUACCCUUAACUUCAUCAUUCGCUUUGGCCAAUAGGUUCUCUCGUUCCCCAUCGAGUAGGAUUACGUGUCCGCUGGUUUUGGGGCGGGCGUAUCUCGCGUUGGAGCAGAUUUCCUGACCGCUACUACUGCUGACAGCGCGCCCGGAGGGAAAGGUCCCGGCUUCUUGUUCUCGAUGGCUUCUAAACAACACGCCGAGGGUCUGGCCGAAUACCUGAACUGCCCCAUUUGUCUGGACUUGUUCAGCGAGCCGGUGAUCCUGGAGUGUGGCCACAACUUCUGCCAGGGCUGCAUCAUGCGCUACUGGGAAGGCGGCGAGACCGUGUCGUGCCCGGAGUGCCGGAAGGUCUUCUCCGACAGGAGCCUACGAUCCAACCGGGCGCUGGCCAACCUGGCGAGGAAAGCUCGCAACCUGCUGCAGCCGGAGGCCGAGAGCCGGUGCCGCCGCGGGGUGGAGGAGGAGGAGGUGGAGAGGCGAGAGUCCCGGCGCAGUCCAGGGGGCGGGCAGCCGGUGCCCCUCCACUGCGGCGAGCACGGAGAAGAACUCAAGCUGUUCUGUGAGACGGACAGGGAGCUGAUCUGCGUGAUGUGCCUGGAGGGGAGAGACGGCCAGGGACACCGGUCCCACAACUUCAUGCUCAUCAGUGAAGCGGUGGAGAUGUACAAGGACAAGUUGAAAUCCUUAUCGGACAUUCUCAAGGCAAAGUCCGCUCUCCUGGAAGCAAAAAUGACGCAAAAACAGGUUCCGGACGUGGGGGAUCAGAACAGCCAACUUCAGAACUUCGUUAUGGCCGAAUUCACCAAAAUGCACCAGGUUCUCAUUAAGAUGGAGAAGCGCCUGAUCGGCGAGUUGAAGGAAAACGCCGAGAAGAUCUCGGAAAGGCUGGAGAAAAACCUCAAGGACAUCCAGGAGAAUCUGCUCACCAUUCAGCAAAAGCUAUCCCGGUCACAGACACAGUUGGAUCAGGAAGACAUCAUCGCCUUCUUGAAAGACCAAGCGGAUGAGCAGAUAAGCGAGGACCCUGGGCAACUAUUGUUGGCGAUUGAUCGACUACCUCUGGGGAUAUUUCGAGGACCUUUACAGUACGCAGCCUGGAAGGAAAUGGCCGAGAGUAUCACACCUUUUCCAGCUUCAGUGACGCUGAACCCGAAGACGGCUCACUCAUGGCUCAUCGUGUCGGAUGAUCUGACCAGUGUCCGCUAUGCCAACAAGCAGCAGCAACUGCCCGACACUCCAGAGCGGUUCAACCCUUCUCUGUGUGUUCUGGGCUCGGAAGGAUUUGUGUCGGGGAGACAUUACUGGGAGGUCGGGGUGGGGGAGAGCACGGAGUGGGACGUCGGGGUGGUGAAGGAGUCUGUCAACAGGAAAGGGGACAUCACCGCCGUGCCGCAGGCUGGAUACUGGAUCGUGUGGUUGAGGAAUGGCAACGACUACAAGGCCGGCUCGCUGCCCCGCACCCGACUCCGCCCGGGCAGCAGACCCGGCAAGAUCGGCGUGUACCUGGACUACGAGGGCGGCCAGGUGUCGUUCUACAACGCGGACAACAUGUCCCAUCUCCACACCUUCACCGACCUCUUCGCGGAGAAGCUCUACCCGUUCUUCAGCCCCUGCUUGAGCGGCCACGGGGAGAACUCCGAACCGCUGAAGAUUUGCCAGUCCAAGCUGUAUUGCCGUUGAGGAACCCGGCCCUUCCUCCUUAGCUGUCUGCCAUUCCUUUCCAUUCCUGGCCUACUCCUGCACCUAAUUUCUAUGUUUCUAUGUUUCCUUCAUUCCUUUCCAUUCCUUCAUUAACACAGCCAGGCAUUGUGUGUGUGUGUGUGUGUGUAGGGGGGUCUCGAGUUGAAUCUCAACUCUACAUUCACCCUCGAAUAAAGCACCGAAUUUACAAGUUAUAGAUCGGGCCAAAGCAUCGUAGUUUCAUAGGAGCUGAAUCAGGCCACUCGGCCCAUCGAGUUUAUUCCCACCAUUCAAUCAUGGCUGAUCAAAUCUUUCCAUCUCAACCCCAUUCUCCUGCCUUCUCCUCAUAACACCCGUACUAAUCAGGAACCUAUCAAUCUCAAAGUCAAUCGCCUGUUAUGUUACGUGAACUGGUCAUGUUCUAUUGACACCAAAGGAAUUGCCAAUGCAAAUCACCAACGCCACAUAGACAACAGACAACAGGUGCAGGUGGAGGUCAUUUGGCCCUUCGAGAAAGCACCGCCAUUCAAUAUGAUCAUGGCUGAUCAUCCCCAAUCACUACCCCGUUCCUGCCUUCUCCCCAUAUCCCCUUUCUUGAAGAGCCCUAUCUAGCCCUCUCUUGAAAGUAUCCAGAGAACCGGCCUCCACCGCCCUCCGAGGCAGAGAAUUCCACAGACUCACAACUCUGUGAGAAAAAGUCUCCGUUCUGAAUAGCUUACCCCUUAUUCUUAAACUUUGGCCCCUGGUUCUGGACUCCCCCAACAUCGGGGACAUGUUCCCUGCCUCCAGUGUGUCCAAACCCUUAAUAAUCUUAUAUGUUUCAAUAAGAUACCCUCUCAUCCUUCUAAACUCCAGAGUAUACAAGCCCAGCUGCUCAAUUCUCUCAGCAUAUGACAGUCCCGCCAUCCCGGGAAUCAACCUGGUGAAUCUACGCUGCACUCCCUCAAUAGCAAGAAUGUCCUUAUUGGUUUAAGUCUUGCUUUAACCUCUUAAUUUGUCACCCCUUGCCCAACCCGUACACAUUAAUCUGCGGUCCAAAUUUAAGAGCCCAGGAGAGGGUGUACAUGUGUGAAUUCAAAUCUAAUUGGACUGUGGCCCAAUUAUUCGUUUCAUUCACAUCAUGUCCCGGGUUGAUGAUGCUUUGUGACUUCUGCGCAUGCAGAUAUCUCAAAUCUCGAGUUGAAUCUCAACUCUAUAUUCACCCUCGAAUAAAUCACCGAAUUGACAAGUUAUAGAUCGGGCCAAAGCAUCGUAGGUUCAUAGGAGUUGAAUCAGGCCACUCGGCCCAUCGUGUCAAAUCUUUCCCUCUCAACCCCAUGCUCAUGCCUUCUCCUCAUAACACCCGUACUAAUCAGGUACCUAUUAAUCUCAAAGUCAAAUUUCGAAGUCAAAUCUGUUUCGUCACAUGCACCAACGAAGGUGCAGUGAAAUGAAUUUACCAGCAGCGACACACUUAAAAAAGAACACACAAUACAUAAUAGAAUUUGCCUUAAAAAAAUCCAUUGACUUGGCUACCACAGCCGUCUGUGGCAAUGAAUUCCACAGAUUCACCGCCCUCUGGUUAAAGAAAUUCCUCCUCACCUCCAUCCGAAUAAUACGUCCUUUUAUUCUGAGGCUGUGGCCUCUAGUCCCAGACUCUCCCACUGGUGGAAACAUCCCCUCCACAUCCACUCUAUCCAGGAAUCACAAACGAUGCUUGUACCUAAUCUACAGGAAGGACAUGCAUAUCACAAUCUGCCAGAUUCCAGUGUGCUUACUUCAAAUCUCUAUUAAAUGGCAUUAAAACA